AUGGCGCUGCCCGCGGAGCCACAGUUCUGGACCCGAUUGGGCCUCAACCCAGACAAGUCCACGGCUGCCCUCAACGGCUUCCCGCGCAAGGUCGGCAAGAUCCUUGGCCAGCGUCGCGGGACCCGCGAGGCGUACCGGGAGUGCCUCGCGAAGGCUAUCGUCAAUAUGUGGAAGGCCGACGCCAUGCCGCACGACGAGCCCGGCCGCGUCGAGAGAGCCAUGCAGGCGAUUUGCGCCAGCAGCCUGAACGACCUCCCAUUACCCCGGAUCGACAUGCGCACGGCGGUUACGCGCGCCAAGGACCUCCUCACCGAUGGGGGCCCGCCGCGACGAGCGGAGCCGCAGCCAGCACAAGAAGGGGCACAGGCGCCCCGCCGGCGCAGCCACCAGCGCAGCCCUGAGGUGGCGGCAGCUGCGGCUGCAGCCAGGCCCGGGCUCACGCCGCCGGUCUCGCCGUCACCGCAGGACCGUUCCCGCGCGCCGCCCACCGUGGCCGCGACGCCCCCGCGGCUUGGGAGUGCACCACCCGGGGACGACAAGAGCAGCGCGCCAGACACGCCACCGCUACCUGCCCCCGGUGAGCAGUCAACGCUCGUCUCGCACCUCACCGCAGCAUCCCCGCGCACGAAGACCCGCCUGAUCGAGACCGCGCUCGCGGCCGCCCAGCCCGGGAGCAGCGCCUCAAAGGAGUUCACGACGAAGGCGCCCCCCCCCGCGCGCCUCACGGUCGAGGGAGGCUCCAACCCGGACAUCAGCAACAUAGUCGGUGGCUUCUACACCGCGUUCUCUCAGAACCACGGCAGGCCCACGUACAAAAAGGAGCAUCAGGCCCAAGACUUCGACGUACUGCUCUACUUCUGGGACGAUCGCGACGGCAAGCAAUACUGCGGGUGGUGGCUCGGGCAACAGAUCGGCGGCGACCACGUCUGGGCGUUCUGCCCAGGGCAUGCCGCAGCGCCACCAGAGACGGGCUGGCAGGUCCCCUGCGACGGGCCCUUCGACCACGCUUUCGUUGUGUGUGGGCCGCAGCUUGGGCCCUCGACGACGGACCCGUACGUUUCCCAGCCAGCAGACCCUGUAGCAGCCGCACGCCAAGCUCCCAUCGAGCGCCACAGGGUGCAAAUGGAGCACCUACAGGGUCGGGCGCCCGGCGGUCGAUCCAGCGGCAGUCGUCGCGGCGCAGUCCUACCCGACCUGGACCCCGCCUCCGCGAACCACGUCAUGGAGUUCUCCUUCGUGUCGCAGGAGGAGGAAGGGGACCCGCAGCUGUGGGGCUUCUACCACACGCUGGCAGCGGCGGGACUAUUCGUCGCGGAGGUGCACCAGGACACCAGGUGGGAGGGGCGCGUGAAUGCCUGGGGCGGGGCAGGCGCCCGCUACGCCCCGGCCGUCAAGACGGCGGGGGGGGCCACUCUCAACUGGUUCCAAUCGAAAGGUGGGAGGACCGAGUGCGUGGACCAGCUCAGGCCGCAGCUGCGCCGCGCCUUCCCCCUUUUCGCCCCAGACCGGGCCACCGGCAGACCGGUGAACCGUGCCACGGUCCAGCAGGGGCGGGUCAGUGAGGAGGACGCCCGACGCCGUGAGCGCCAGGUGCGCAUCGCAGGGAAGGUCCUGGCCGUCAGCGGGCAAGCGAUGUUCCGCUUCGCGGCGGCAGAGAGGCAGGGAGCUACACCCGGCGUCUGGGACCUCCUGGACGACCACGUCGGCGCGCGCAACGUGCCGCCGUACCACUCCCUCCCCUGGCCGGUGGUCCUGCGCACCGGCGUCACUAUCUCGAUCCCAGAGGUCCUCAGGAUCCACUUUCUGGAUCCGGAAGAAAAGUGGAUCCAAGACGAAAAGCAGAGGAGGCUAGCCAUGAGCAAAGGUGGCAGAGGAGGCCAAGCGAGGCCAGCCUCCGAGCUCACGAGCGACCAGACAACCAAGCUGGCGCGGGUGAUGCUGAAAUCCGUCCUGGAUCCCGAGAGUGUGUGCGCCGAUGCGGACGGGACCUCGGCCGAUGAUGUGGUGGAGCACGUGAAACUCGUUUCAGGCAUCCGCGCCGUCUUGGCGCCGCGCGACACGUGCAGCCAGUCGCAGCUGACGUCCGUCCUCGUCGCACGCGCUCGGAUGAAGGAGGCCAAGUGGCAGCUGGACGACACCGCCGAGAGCUGGGCCGAUCAGGCAAAGAUCAAGGCGCGAGACAGGGAGCCCUACGCGUGGCUGGAGGACCACUUCCCAGAGGUGGUGCAGGAAGCAAAGGAGAAGGCCGCGGGCGAAAACUACGACUACGAGUGGGACAACAACAAGAAGGUGGCGUACCGCCAGAAAGGCACUGCGAAGAGGCGCUCGCCGCCAGAGUACGGAGUGCCCAUGAAGGGGCAACAGCCAGACGAUGAGCUCGCCUUCACAUGGCCAGACGAGGCGGUGUGGAAGGUGCCAGGAUACACGGUGCGCGAGCACCAGGCCAACGUUUCCGACAAGAAGGGUGGCUCGAGCGGCGAUCUGCACCAUGUGGAUACGGAUCAGGGCCCCGUCGCCGUGACGAAGUGCUCGAGGCCGCCCGCUAAAGCUGGCGCCGACAGGCAAGAGUUCGUCGCCGUCUGGAUCAAGAAAGAAGGCGAUAAGAGGCCAGCGAUGGUCGGGCAGGUGACGGUGAAGCCACAUUUCGAGAAGCUCGAGGAGUUCAUGAUCAAGCUCGCGAAGAAUUACGCAGGAGACUUCAGCCAGGAGAAGUUCGAGCUCGCUAAACAGGAGUACCUCAAGAGCUAUGGCGGGUACGGCGGGCCCAAAGAGGCGGCGAAGAAAAGGCCAGGGGCGGCGGAGCCAGCGAAGCCAGUCGAGGACGAGGCAAGCCAGAGUGAGGAAACGGUCGCAGCCGCGACCGCGGCCAGGAAGGACACAAAGAAGGAUGACCCCGAGCAGAAGCGCCCCCCAAAGAAGGACAAAACGACGAAGAUGGGGGAAAACCCUGAGAAGAAAGACUCCAAGAAGCGCAUGCGCAGCCCAGAGAAGAGGAGCCCGAGGAGCGCAAAGAGGAGCGCAGCCCAGCACGCCGUGAGCGAUUCGGACCUCAGCGUGGGCUCGGGCUUCGGAGGCUAG